ACAACACGCCUUCGACUGAAGCAUAGUAACUCAACUGUCUCUGUUAUAAUGUAUAGUAUGAUAAUCACACUUGAUACUUAUUGCUCAGCCUUAAGAACAUUUCGACGCAAAAUCCGUACAAAGUGAUGUUAGGCCAUAUCGUUAUAAGUUCGGCCGAACCGGACAAGAACCAAGCGUGUUUGGCCGUCGGUUCGGUUUUCCAUCCAAACAGCAUGAUCACCAUCGUUUUGAUCAAGGUAAAGCCGGAAAUUCAGAUCACUCUAUUUGUCGAUUACCAGCAGCUUAGAUUCAACACAAACCAAGACGUUAACGAAGACUGCGAAGUAAUGUACUGGUCUCAGGUGAAGACUUCGGAAAAAAAGAACUUUUUCUUUGAUUAUGAGCUAGUCAACGAAGUCCCAUGCCGUUACGACGUUUGUCAUUAUUCGGCGGACGGCAGUUGCCCAGUGGAGCACGCGGUUUUGGUGGACGUGUCGGCUACCAUUGUGUGUCAUUCUCACAUAAUGGGAUUUGCCGAAUUCGGGCGCGACGGCCAGCCUGAAGUAAUGUACCACAAGAUCACACAAGAUAUUAUAGAAUGGCUGAUGUCAUUGACUAUCGAAGAAGUCUAGAUAUUACUACUAUGGACAGGGAUGAUUAAAUCGGAAUUGUUCACCAUAGAAAACUAUUC